UCUCUUCUCAUACUCCUGCUCACAUGACUACAAACGCAAUUUCUUGUGUGGAACAAUGAUCAAUAGGUUAUAAUCAUUGAGUCAUCGGCAUAAUCGUCAGUCGCUGUUCUGUAAGUUCUAAAAUAGCUCGACACACUGCGUUUCAGAAAUGACAGACUGAACGAUCGAUAGCCUUAGUCGCAGAGAAGCCGCGCAAAGAACUCGACGAGCAAAAGCUGUCAAUUUAACUUUACGCAGCAAGUACAACGCACACGAGAUCUGUGUAUAUAGUGCCAAUAUGACAUAUUUACAAUUAAUUGGGGAAGUAAUUGGCUUCCUGUUAUUGUCGACCUUCGCGAUAUUGGAUGGCAUUAUCAAAUCAUUCAUUCCCAAGAAGUAUAAAAUGAAGAAUAUAGGUGGCGAAAUUGCCCUCGUGACAGGGGGAGGUGGAGGAUUGGGGAGGCUUCUUUCCCUCAGGCUGGCCAACUUAGGCGCCAUCGUCAUUAUUUGGGAUAUAAACGAGACCGGCAUUGAGGAAACUGUUAAACUUGUUCAGGCAGCCGGAGGUACGUGUUAUGGCUACGUUUGCAACUUGUGUGAUCGGACAGACAUAUAUAAAAAGGCCAAAAUUAUCAGGGAAGAGAUCGGCAAGGUAACGGUUCUUAUCAAUAAUGCGGGUAUUGUCACGGGAAUGAAAUUUCUGGACACUCCGGAUGAACUUAUUAUCAAGACGAUGGACGUUAAUAUCAUGAGCCACUUUUGGACGGUAAAAGCUUUUCUUCCAACGAUGCUGGAAAACAAUAAAGGACACAUCGUGAGCGUGGCCAGUUUAGCCGGUCAAUGCGGGAUUCCAAAAUUGAUAGACUAUUGUGCAUCCAAAUUUGCGGCAAUGGGAUUUGAUGAAGCUCUUCGAAUGGAACUUGAGUAUGAAGGAUACAAUAUCAACACAACAGUUGUAUGUCCUUAUUUUAUUCGCAGUACCGGUAUGUUCGAUGACGUUCAAUCAAGAUACAUCCCGACUCUAAGUCCAAAUGCUGUAGCCGAUAGAAUAAUAAUGGCGAUGAGGUGUAAUGAAAAGUAUGCCAUCAUUCCAGGCUACUUACAAAUUUUGCUUACUUUAAAGUGGAUAUUUCCAUGGCCAUGUGUCGCGAUGUUUCUUCGUGGAUUAGUAAGAGACGUUUCGCCAAGCCAUGAAAAUAGCAAAUCAUGUGCAGUUGCGGCUGCGACUGUUGCGGAAAAGGAAUGUAUCGUACCGUCAAAAGAUCGGAACGGCGCUGCCAUCCAUCAACAAUUAGCUAGACGUAUCUCUAGCCCCGAAAGAAAACCUUGAACUUUUCUUUCUCCGCCUCAGUUUUAAUAUCAAUGAAUAGAAUGUUAAAAUUUUAUUAAAAGGUUAGAGUUUUGUCUUUUCCCACUGCGUCUUUACCUUGCAAUCUGCAACGUUGACCUGUAGCUCUUCAUAUGUUUCAAUCUUUUACAUUAUUUUGAUGAAAUAAAUCGCUUAAUAUGUUAGUACAGUGUUGAAUAGAAAUACUGUCCAUUUCGACGAAUUGCGCAGAGCUUCUUUCUUUUCAAGUUUCUUAUCGCUGCACCUUCAGUAAUCGAUUAUUCGAUAGGAAGAAAAGGAAAUGUGAAGGAAGUGCAUCUCAAUCUAUUAAAAAAUUGGAUAAUAUCUUUGUUCUCGAUGUAUGACCUAGCACAAUGUAAGAAGCUUCCACAUAGAGGAGAGUUACUGAAUACUACUUCUAUAAGGAAAAAAGAUUAGAUCUGCCGAGAUAUGAUUAUAUCUGAUUUAACAGAUCUGGCCAGAUAUGACUCCGGUAAAAAGUUUUGUCAUAUACAGUAUGUUUCAUAUCUGCAGGAUCACCUCUCAUGAGGAAAUAGAGCGGACUAGACUGAGUAAAAAAUUAUCUACCAUUUUACAAUUUUCACGAUAGCUAACGAGAUAUUAAUUUCUAAAAAUCGUCAAAUAAAUAUAUAUUCGCCUAGCCCACCAAAUGUAUGCACGCACCACGAUACAACUGUCCAGCGCGGAGAGAUGUUUUCUUCCUGUUCGUGCGUUGCCAAGGCCGCUUGUAGUAAACAACUUCUCGCAUGCCUAGCAGCCUACGAUGAUGAGCGGUUCUACCACGUUGCUCGUUUGUAUUGGCGCAGUAGGUCGUACUAUUUACCGACUUUUAGAUAUUAAUAUCUCGUUAAUUAUUGCGAAAAUUGUAAGAUGAUACAGGACCUUUUUACACAGUUCAGUUCGCUCUACCUGUCCACGAAAGGUGAUCCCGUAGGUCUAAGACCUACCCUAUAUAAUUAAUGAAUCCAGUUUUAUUGCUAAAAUAAGUAUAUUAUUUAUUAGCACCAUAUUUUAGAAUUUACAAAACAAAAUGAACAUUAAAAAACGUUUUCUCCUGAAGUGGGGAAUUUUAUGAUUCCAAGCGAUCACCAAUCAUAAGCUAUACCACAUCUAGCGCUACUUUACCUCUGCGAUCUCUGGGAAUUGCUUUGAUACGACCAUGAAACACUGAAUGUUAACGAAUGUAUAGCUAUGACAUAUCUGGUCAUACAUAUUGUUAAAAAGAUGA